GGAAACACGAGGGACGGCAUGUACAGCUCUGUGUCGACUGCGUGGCUAAUCGGUUCAUCCCGCAUCGGCACGGUGUUCUCAUCUUGACAAAGGCAUGUCUGGUGUGCCUCGCCCGCCCCGUCCCGUCCCUCGUCCGGCGGGCAGGCCCGUACCCAGACCAAAGAUGCCACCGCCAGCAGCCAAGAACAGCGCACCCCCUGCUGCUGCUGCUGCCGCUGGUCCACCUCGCCCUCCUCCCGUCGCCAAAAACGGUGCUGCUCCCGCCCGCCCUGCCGCUCCCCCUCCCGCGUCUGGCCCUGCAGAGUGGUACCACCCGAAGGCGUCCGAGUCAGUCAUAGUCGCCCCCCGGCAGGACAAGAAUCCCGUGGUCGGCCUCAUCAGGGGCCGAGUGCCGGUGGAGAUGGGCAACAUCGUCCCCGACUUCCUGGUGGGCAAGGCCAAUGCGGUGCUGUUCAUCGGGCUGCGGUACCAUCGGCUGCAUCCCGAGUACCUGGGGGGGCGUGUGAAGCAGCUGCGGGACAGCCACAAGUACCGGCUGAUCACCAUAUUGUGCAAUGUGGACUUGGACGACCCCGCGGGGCCGCUGGAGGGCAUCACCACCAUCGCAUACCACAACCAGUGCUCGAUGCUGUGCGCCUGGGGGAAUGAGGAAUGCGCCAAGUCAGUGCACACCACACAACACGACACACAGAGAGAGAGAGGGCGAGACCCGUAAGCAUCUGUGGUGUGUGCGCGCAUGUGUGUGUGUGUGCGUGUGUGCAGGUAUCUCGUGACCCUCAAGUCCUACGAGAACAAGCCGGCUGAUCUGCUGCAGGGCCGGUUCGAGACGGACCACGCCGUCCGGCUGACCGAGGUGCUGACCACCAUCCCCACCGUCAACAAGACCGACGCCAACACACUCAUGGGUCAGUUCGGUUCGCUCAAGGACAUCAUGGCGGCCGACGGCAAGGACCUCAGCCAGUGCCCCGGGAUUGGGGACAAGAAGCAGCGGCAGCUCAUGAAGGCACUCCACGAGCCCUUCUUCUCUGCCGAUAACGGGAAGGACGAAUGACUGACUCUCUGCUUGUUUCUUGUACAUAUCGAGUUGUAUGUGUGCUGGAUGGUGAUGUUGUCACGGGCCUGUGCGUGUGCCAGAGUGUCUUUUCGCAGCUAUUCGACUCAAUGGUCGGAUUUGCUCACCCGAGCGUCGAAUCGGAUGACUGACGGGGAGGUGCUAUGGUUGUGCACACCGAAGCCCCGCGGGACAGACAGACAGACUGACAGACAGACAACAAUCAGCCAGUCAUUCUCUGUUGGUCGAUGGACGUCUGGGUGCUUUUCACCCAUGGUUUAUCGCAGAGCGCCGUGUGUGGAUCAUGGUGCCUCGGCCGCUGAUGCCCGUCUGGUCUGAUUCUCCUUUCAGACCAGCAGCACGUCAGCGGACAAGGCGCCAUGAUCCAUACACAAGCCUGCGGCACGAUGAUGUGAUGUUAUGCAUGGGGCAGUGUGUGUGUGGGGGGUUCGACAGACUGUGUCUGGCCGGCUGGAGAGAUGCCGAUGGGUGUGCCUGUAUCCUUUCUGACCGAUCCAGGUGCGUGGCCGCAGCCUUGCCCAUACCCGUCUUGCCAUCAGCACACGGUCAGGAACGGGCAUAGGCCAGGAGAGGCACACGGGCAUGGCGGUCAGAAACGGUGCGGACUCGUUUGACUGUGUCUUAGACGGACGAUGGCUGCUGUCAUGAGAAGUGACAUGGUGCUCUACGUAACAAAGUCACC